AUGCAGGUGGAUGUGUUAGAGUUUUCGCCCUCCCUGGGGGAGAAGCUGAAGGAGAAGUGUGGUUUGAAGGCGACUCGUGACAGUCUUGUUCACAAUGAUCCUUGGAUGCAUGAGCACCUCAAGCCUCAUGACCAGGAUGCUUCCCUCCGCUCCCUCAAGAACAUUCCCCUCUAUGACGUCUUGGGAAGGAACGUCCUGAAGAUGAAUGAGGAGGAGUUUAAUGCAUGUCUGGAUAAGGCAAUCAAGCAGAGCCCUGCUCUAUGCUGGCAAAUCCACACAUACAGCUUUCUGACGUUGAACCGGAACUGGCUGCGUGAAGCAAAGGUAUGUAGCCUCUACGGCUUCUUAGAGACACUUGUCGCUAUGCUCGAGUUGUUGAAUCAAGAGGGUUCCUUGCACAAGACUCACGUGUGGUGCAUCCUUGUGUCCUCUCUGCUCAAGGACGGUUGGAACGCCUUGCAGUGUAACAUGAGCCUUCGUAAUAUCUUCACCGUUACCUCGUUCCAGACUAUCAGAGGACAGAUUCCGACUCUGGGAAUGGUUACGAUUCAUUACAGCUCAAAGGAACAUCUAUGCACAAGCUCAGUCGAGUCUGUACAAACCAUCCGGAGGGGUUCUCUCGAGUCCAAAUUCAUUGAGAGCCAUUCGAUCCCCCUGUGCUCCAUGUCACAUCUCUUCGAAAACCAAGAGGAACUUGAGAGCAUGGUGAGGGCGGCAUUCCAAGACGGAGAGCAGAGCAGGGAGCUGCAAGACUGGUUCGCUCCACCAAGAAGGAGAGUCUUCAAGGCUUCGUUCGACGAGUUCUUCUACCACACCCCGCUGCAUGUGCACGAGGUCUUCGCCUGCUUGUACCUCUGCUCCAUGAUCAACUCUAGGGUCCACAGCAGCCCGCGGCUCGUCUCCUUCAUCGAAAAGGCUGGCAAGGGAUGGUUGGCGUUCAAGGACCCGGACUUCCGCGGGUUCUUCGGCGGCUGGCAGGCUCCGGUCAAGAGCGAGCAGGACUGCUCGGCCUAUGAUGUGAGAUCAGCACAGGAGAGGGAAACGAGGAGCAAGAGUGCUUCAAUGGACCCCAUCUUCUACGACAGUGUUGAGUCGUACCUCCAUGCUGUCGACUUUGAUGCCAAGGUGUUGCCAGAGCGACUGCACGAGCAGUUCGUUGCUGCUGCUCUGAGGUUCCUGAGGAGCAGAUGGGGCAGAGAGAGUACACUGCUCGAAGGGUACAAGUAUCAAGUGCUCUCCGUCAUGAAUAUAAGGUAUGGAAAUGAUCGGGCUGUCGAGAGCUACAUCGCUGGGUAUUACAUCAACACGUGA